AUGAAAUCAUCAAUUUCUUUUACACUUAAUAUUAAUAUUCAAAGUUCUACUGCUCAUAAUAUUCGGCCGAUUCUUCCGAACAUUGUUUCUGAUAAUGAUAUUCAACGAACUAUAUCAAUCAAUAAAAUAUCUUCAGCGGUUUCAAACAAAAAACAAUCACAACGUUUAGCUAGCAAACAAUGUUUUCUACCAUUGACAGCAACGAUUAAUACUAUACCUUCACUGUCUACAAUCGAUAUUCAAUCUAAACUUGAAUCGGUUAUUUUAAAAACGGUUGAUUGUGAAGUCAUUGAUUUAUUUAAUCAAAUAAAAUCAAAGCCCACGACAACAGCUUUCAAUGAUAAUCUUUCUGUUAUACUAGCGAAACUUUUACCUAGUGAACAUAAAUAUUUUUUUGGUAGCAUUGUUAUCACCGAUAAAAUUGAUUCAUUAUCAAAUGAUACUAACAAUUCUAUGUCACAAGAACGUCGUAUUGUUAUGGAUCAAUUACGUACUCUUGAAUUUGUACAAUUACAAGCAUUUGCGCGAGUACUUCAACAACAAAAUAAAAAAUCUCAAUCGACAAUCGAUAAAUUACAACAGAAAAAUACUGGUAUGCCGCCUGCUCAAUUACUUUCUGAAUCAAUUAAAAAAUUAUCACUUGAUAAAAUAACAUUUGCAUUAGUUAUGGAUCGUAUACUAGGCAAAGUUGAUAAUCAAUUAUCAUCUCUUCGCAAUCAAUGUUAUUUGUCUGCUGUUACCAAUGUACAAACAUUAGUACAAAAAGAUUUAGGAGCAACAACAAUGAUGAUUAAAAUUGAUCAAGAGCUAUCUCAACUACGAAAUAAAGUUAAUCAUUUAACAUCAACUAAUGAAAAGUAUAAUCAAUUGAUUACUCGAUUAUUACAGGAUAUUCAACAUGUUCAUGAUAUGGCACAACAUGACGUAAAAGAAGCACAUAAUAUGCGUAUAUUUAUACAAUCAUUACAUGAUGCUACGUAUCAACAUCGAUUUGAUCGAAGUGAAUGCAAGAUAAUAAAACGAUCGAUGAAUCAAUUAGAACUUGGAUUUUUCGAUAAUCUUGUUCGCGUUCAACUCGAUGGAAAAACAAUUGGUCGUAUUACAACUUGGACAAAAGUAACACACGAUGAUGAUGACGAUGACGAUAAUAUUGAAUGUAAAAUUCACUAUUCGACUGAAGAAAAUUUAAAUCAAAGUCAACAAUUAGCUUAUGAAUUACUUAAGCAUGAAAUCAAUACCUAUUGGAAUCGUCCAUCGACAAGCACAAUAUCUAUGUCGUAUCUGUUACAAUUUAUACGAAAAUUAAUUGAGUAUUCACUUAUUGCGAAUAAUUUAGCACGAACAUUAAUUGUUUGUCUUGAAACUUUACCAUGUAAAUUAAUUGAUAAUAAAUUCACUAUCGAUUGGUCAACAUCACAAAUACGUCUUGACAUUGAAUGGGAACUUGAUGAACGAAUAUUUCGUGAUUGCCCAUUAAAGUCAUCGUAUUGCUGUCAACCACAACAUAAUGGAUUAUGUAAUGAACUUCAAGUUUUACUUGAUCGUAUGAAACCAAUAAAUGGUUCAAUUGCUAGUCUAUAUGAACAAGCUGAAAAACAUAUUCGACCAUGGAUUAAAAUGCUUGGCAAUAUUCAAGAUGAUAAUGUAAAUAAACCUCAAGGAACUAAUAUAUCAUUACAAAAAUUGAAACAAUCAUUAGAAAAAUUAUUACUUGAACAUAAUUAA